AUGUACCGGUUAACAGCCCAACUGUAUCGGAUCCUUCUUCUUUUCGACCACCACGUGACGCAUACGUCCUCUAUGCUGCGUGUUCGAUUUCCCGCUGCCAUAAGGGACUGCCCUCGUCGAAUUCUCUGUGUAUCUCGGCUACAGAAACAAAUACUCCGUCGGUACUUGAAUGGUCCUGGACUUCAACUGAACCAAAACGACGACGAUCCGCUACGGUCAUGGGUCACGGAAACAUACGUCAAACCCAUAAGGCCUAUCACAGCCCAUUCUUUAGGAACCUUGCCUCCGGAGCCUACUGAGGCAAGAGCCAAAAUGGUCCCGACCCAGAAAGAGCUGGAAAAGUUUAUGCCCAACCUUGUGCGCUUUGGUUGGACCGUUCGCUCCCUGUCGAGACACACCGAAUUUGGCUGGACUCUGCACAUGGCGUACCCGUUUUCGGAUUAUGCAGCGAUGAUCUCUUUUGUUGGUCUGGUGGGUGGUGUCGCGAAGGAUGAAAAUCACCACCCUAAAACAUUAAGCUGCACAGAGAACACGCUUGAAUUGGAGCUGUAUUCCACACAAGUAACCCGUCAUCCCUCUGAUGAAUUCACCGGCCGGUGCUUCACGGUCAAAGAUAUGCGCUUCGCAUACCGCGUUCAACGACAUUAUCUCUCUAGAUUUGGCGUCACGACGGCAGACCUUGACGCGCGGUACCCACAAGUGCGACAGCAUACAGAAUACAUCAAGUCUGGUCUCCUGAGGAAAGCCAUCCAUUAUCAUUGGCAUGGAGGGCAGGGGAACCUUCGUUAUAUUGCAGCUUGCUCGGCGUGCUAUAACCCUGAUCAUAAGCUCGACAGUUGUCCCCAAAGGCAUGAAAUACCACCGAGAUACCCUUGUUCAGAGUGCGGGGAACCUCACUGGAGAGUCGAUUGUCCUCAUCUACCCAAGGAAUCCACCCAAGGUUUUGCCGUUCGUUUCAUUGACAGGAAAAUGACCCAAAACGAAAAUUCAGUUCCAGGGCCACCCAUGCCCAUUGCACGGAAGAUUCACGACGUGAAUACUACUCUCAACGAAUUCAGUGUCCUGUUAACAUGGGCGCCGAAAGUCGGGGAGCUCCUCGUCGAAACACGUCCGAGUGGAGACCCGCUUGGUCCUUCAGUUGUCUGGACUUUUUAG